AAUCUCUCAUUGACUCAUUAAACUGGAGUGGACAAGACUUUAAAUACAUAAAAAAUGCAGUACAAACUUUCGCUAAUUUUCAUCCUGGGCAUAAUUUGCUCCCUUUCGAGUGGUCACAUCCGCUUGUGGGAGCCACCAGGUCGAUCCACACUGUGGCGUGAUCCUCGUUUCGCCGAGUUUAACCCGCCCAUGAACACGGGAGACGAUGGCGUUUACUGCGGACGCAUCUUGCAGCCCCCAGUUCCCGUCAAUUGUGGCGUUUGUGGCGACCCCUUCGCGGAUCCGGUUCCACGGCCAAAUGAACAUGGAGGGACUUAUGGAAAUGGCAUCAUUGCGGGCAGAUUUAGAGCAGGCCAGGAAAUCCAAAUGAUUGCCGAAGUCACCAUUCCGCACAAUGGAUCAUUUCACUUCCAACUUUGCGAUGAACUGCCCGAGUCGAACGAUUGUUUCGUGGGAAAGCCAUAUCUCCCAAUUACGACUGCGGAGGGGACAUUUUUCGAGUUUCCGGUCGUGGACAGCAGACCGUUUUGGGUCAACGGGACCAUGAGGCUUCCUCCAGGAGUGUCUUGUAGAAAUUGUGUGCUAAGAGUCAACUACAGAUCGGGAAUGAUGGGUGAAUGUGACGAUGGUACGAACGAUUACGGAUGCGGACUUCAGCAGAAUUUUAGGAUGUGUGCAGAUCUUUCAAUUUCUCUGUAAAUAUGUCAUCUUGCAGAAAAGCGCAAUGUUGCAUAAAAUCAGAUUUAAAUAUGAAACAAUUUAUUCCCUAAAUAUCACAGCACUUGAAUAAAUACAUAUAUUACAGCUUUCA